AUGGCUGCCGGCACAAUCGAAGAUGCGUAUGGACUCGCUCAAGCGCUGCGGUUGAUCCAGUCAUCUUCUCAGCUCCCAGACGCCAUCGCGACGUGGGAAUCCGUACAUGUACCACGGGCCACGACGAUGCAAGAGGCUAGCUAUCGACACAUGUAUACACUUCAUGUGGCCGACAAGCCACAGCAGGAAGCUCGAGCCGGCUUGAUGGAAGCAGAGGUCCGCGGAGAGCAUUCUGUGGCGUCGCCAAACCAAUGGAGCGAUCCGACAACCCAGAGAUGGGCGUAUCUGCAUGAUCCGCAGAAGAGGUUCGAAUCGCAUGGGAAAACGGGGAGGCCUGGGCGAGCAGAGGAUGAAUUCUCAUGGUGUAACGGCGGGUGGAAGAGUUAG